CAGUUCGUACUUUCUCUUCCUGACGCGUGCGUGCAGGCCAUGCCUUCCCUGCUCUCAACCCCCAAGCUGGUUCCCGUAAUAGCCAGGCUCCGCGGCCUCUCAGGAUGCGUGUCGUGUUUACAGCGAAGGUACUCCCUCCAGCCUGUGCCGAAGAAGAUUCCAAACCGGUACUUAGGCCAGCCCAGCCCUGUUACACAUCCACACCUCCUCAGACCAGGGGAGGUGACACCAGGAAUAUCUCAGGUGGAAUACGCACUUCGAAGACACAAGCUGAUGGCUCUGAUCCACAAGGAAACCCAGGGGCACAGUGGGACAGACCACACAGUGGUGGUGCUCUCUAACCCUACGUACUACAUGAGCAAUGACAUCCCCUACACAUUCCACCAAGACAACAAUUUCCUGUAUCUGUGUGGGUUCCAAGAGCCUGAUAGCAUUCUGGUCCUUCAGAGCUGCUCUGGGAAGCAGUUACCAUCCCACAAGGCCAUGCUUUUUGUGCCUCGGAGAGACCCUGGUCGAGAACUGUGGGAUGGCCCUAGAUCUGGCACAGAUGGAGCAGUAGCCCUGACUGGGGUGGAUGAAGCCUACACCCUGGAAGAAUUUCAGCACCUAGUACCUAAACUGAAAGCGGAGACGAGCAUGGUUUGGUAUGACUGGAUGAAGCCUUCUCAUGCACAGCUUCACUCAGACUACAUGCAGCAUCUGACCGAAGUCAAAGCCAGAAGCAAGAACAAGGUUCGGGGUGUCCAGCAGCUGAUACAACGCCUCCGACUAGUUAAAUCUCCUGCAGAGAUUAAGAGGAUGCAGAUUGCUGGGAAACUGACAUCAGAGGCCUUCAUAGAGACCAUGUUUGCCAGUAAAGCACCAGUGGACGAAGCCUUUCUCUAUGCAAAGUUUGAAUUUGAAUGCCGGGCCCGAGGUGCGGACUUCUUAGCCUACCCGCCGGUGGUUGCAGGCGGUAAUCGCUCGAACACUUUGCACUACGUGAAGAACAAUCAACUCAUCAAGGAUGGUGAAAUGGUGCUUCUUGAUGGAGGUUGUGAAUCUGCCUGCUAUGUGAGUGACAUCACCCGGACAUGGCCUGUCAAUGGCAGAUUCACCGCACCUCAGGCAGAGCUCUAUGAAGCUGUUCUAGAGAUCCAGAGAGCGUGUUUGACACUGUGCUCCCCUGGGACAAGCUUGGAGAACAUCUACAGCACGAUGAUAACACUCCUGGGGCAGAAGCUUAAAGAUCUGGGGAUCGUGAAGAACAGCAAAGAAAACACCUUCAAGGCUGCUCGGAAAUACUGCCCUCACCAUGUUGGCCAUUACCUUGGAAUGGAUGUCCAUGACACUCCAGACAUGCCUCGUUCACUCCCUCUGCAGCCUGGUAUGGUGAUCACAAUUGAACCAGGCAUUUACAUUCCUGAGGAUGACAGAGAUGCACCAGAGAAGUUUCGCGGUCUCGGAGUACGGAUUGAGGAUGAUGUGGUGGUGACUCAGGACUCACCUCUUAUCCUUUCUGCAGAUUGUCCCAAAGAGAUGAAUGACAUUGAACAGAUCUGCAGCAGGACCUCAUGACCACCACUGUCGCUGUCACAUCUCAGGUCCCAGACUGGCGUCCUGCCUAUGUGUGUAGUCAGCUUCUCUGGGGGAUUAGACACAGGUUCUGUGGGGAGUACACAGCUAUAUGAGUGGAUGUCCCUAUUAUAUGUAUCAGGACAUUUUCAUGUUAGGUAGAUGUAAAUCUGGGAAGGUAAAUUCUGGAACAGUCUGUUACUAGGACUUUAGUGACAAUAAUUCUGGAAAGCUAAUGGUCAAGGAGGUUUAACAUGUGGAUGGAAAGUACGGUUUUGGUUGUGCAUACCCAUGCAUCCCAGUUAACACAUCCAGUUCUCCCUUCUGCACUUGCGCUGAGAUGCACCUGUAUCCUGGAUGCUGUGGAUGCCCUGUGCUUUACUCUUCACCAAUGCCCGCCUGUGCUAACAGCUCCCUGUCGGUGUUCCAGGUGGCCAGUACCUAUCCUCCAUGAUCUCUGCCUCCCCAGCCAAGUUCCAUACAUCUUCUGGGACCUCUCAGGCUCAGGGAGCAUGGGUGUCUUGCAGUCUUUCCAUUCAGCCACAGUACAGCAACACCAGCCAGCCAACAAAAGAGUCUUGGGUCUUUCUUGCCAUUCGGUUGUCCAGCACCUGGAAAGUGCCUAGGUUUUUAAAGGGGAUUCUUUUUCAAACAUCCACCUUCCUGUUCUUUCCUUAGACAAAAUGUCACUGUGCCUCAGAUCCUUCACAGGUUGCUUUCCUUUGUGACAGGCUCUUGAGGUAGUUCAGGCUGGCCUCAAACUACCAAUCUUCCUGCACCCUGUCCAUUUUUACAGGGGUUUUGUGGGGAUUUUGGUUGGUUGGUUGGUUAGGUGGUUGGAUGGUUUAUUUUUCAAGACAGGGUUUCUCUGUGUAGCCCUAGCUGUCCUGGAACCCUCUUUAUAGACCAGGCUGACCUUGAAUCUAAGAGAUCCGCCUCCAUCUGCUUCCCUGCUAAGAUUAAAGGCCUGCACCACCACCUCCCAGCCCUUUGUCGGUUCCCUUGAACUGGCUAUGUAUUGUCAAAUCAUCAUGAUAGGACUCAGUCUGGGUAACAGCCCUGGCUCUCCUGUAGACCAGGCUAGCCUUGAACUCACAGAGAUCUAGCUGUCUCUGCCUCUAGAGUGCUGGGAUUAAAGGUGUGCGCCAUGUGGUCCACUUCCUACUCUAAGCUAGGGUGGCAUGGCAGUGACAAAGAGUCAUGUUUCUUUCCCUAAACACAGCAUCAGGUUCAGUUAUACAGCCCAGCUCGCGUGGUGAGCAGGGCAGGACUGGAUUAAUACAAAUGCUUUUUUCAAAAGCUCUGUGAUAAAGGGACCUUAAGAGCUAGUAUGUUAAUUUCUUUUAAAUCUGAGUGUGUGCAUAAUACAGACGACUGUACCCAGACAUAGUUCACACACACCUGUCAGCACAGCGCUUGCUAGAUUGAAGGGGAUUGCUGUGAGUUCAAGACUAGCCUAGGCUGCAGGGUAAGUCCCUGUUCCAAAGGGACUUAUUAUUAUAUUAUUAUGAAAAUAAUAGUAAUACAGAGACUGAAAAUAGAAAGUAUGGGUCCUGCCUGCUCUCUUGUGUUCAUGCAGGUCAUAAGUAAGCAUAGUGAGCUUUCCCACCAGUCCAAAUGGUACCUUAGCCUCCUUUGUAACAAUGUUCCCAGAAACUCCUGCCAAUUAAACUUGAGUCCUGAGUUGGAGCCAUUGCCACAACUGACUAGAAGACCGUAAAUGAAAGCAUCACUUACUAAACCAGGCAGUGGUGGUGCACACUUUGAAUCCCAGCACUUGGGAGACAGAGCCAGGCGGGUCUCAGAGUUCGAGGACAGCCUGGUCUGUAUAGUGAAUUCCAGGACAACCAGGGUUACAAAGAGAGACCAUGUCUCAAAAAAAAAAUUUUUUUUUAAAUGGGUGCCCAAGCUGGUGUCAUAAAGAACACUACACAGAGAAUUUUUUAUAGUGUGGCUAGUAGUUUUUAUUCUUAACUUCCUGAAGUGACAUCUAAGGCCUAAACCUGAAUAGACUGUAAGUUUUAGACCGUGGUAAAUCUUUAAACUGACAUGUGUUUAUGUGUUCCUGGGCAAUGACAUCAUUAACUCCUAACACUGUAACAGAAUCCUGUGGUCACAAACCUCUGGGCUUCUUCCUCCUAUGGCCACUGCGGAGCUUUGACUGUCAGUAUUGUAUGGGUCAGGGGUCACCACUGGACUUCAGGCCCACAGGCUAUGCACCCACCAGAAUCCAGAAACUGCAAUCUUGGUCAACAUUUCUUAAUGCUUUGUAUGAAUUUUGUGCAAUUAUAAGUUCUGUUUGAACAAACCGCUGUUACUCUACUCUUUAAGGCCCUUUUCAAUGACAAUGGAUGUAUCAUUCCCCAAUAAAGGGAGUGCACUGUUACUGUCAUUUUUUAAAUAUACUAUAAAACAAUACAGAA